AUGUCGACAACACCAGAGCCACCAUCAAAGCGCAAAUCACAACGGAUGCUCUCGUGCGUUCUCUGCCAGAAACGCAAGGUGAAAUGUGAACGCAAAUUCCCAUGCGCAAACUGUGUCCGGAACGGCGCGCAGUGCGUUCAAGCUUCGCUUACGCAGCGGAGUAGCCGCCGACAGUUUCCGGAGAGAGAAUUGCUCGAACGAGUCCGAUUUUAUGAAGAUUUKCUGCGGCAAAAUCAUGUCGAUUUUGAUCCUUGGUCUGCCGAAGUUCCAGAGCUACGUGCACUCACGCCUGCUAGUCAGGGUAGAAGCUCUGAUGUUGCGCGCCCAAAGGCAUCGACUAGCAAAGAGCCAAAUAAAUGUAAACAGGUGGAACUUUGGCAUAUAUUAAGUCAGGCCAUCCUAGAAAAUGACAGUGAUGACCCCAUAUGCAACAACGACGCUGUCCGUGACGCCAUCAUAAAACACCUGUGGGAUCUCUCCUACCAAAGCGAAGGCAGUGAGCACCUGUUAUUUGGUUCACCAUCACCAUCGCCAUCACCUGAAAAUCUCACUUUUGUGCAUCCAUCCCAGAUCCAAAUUCUAAAGCUUUGGCAAGUCUAUCUAGAAAAUGUAAACCCUCUACUCAAAGUCACGCACACAGUGACUCUGCAACGGCGUAUUAUUGAUGCAGCGCUCGAUUUGCCGAAUGUGCAUGCUCAUGAUUCUAUAUUGGAGGCACUCAUGUUCAGUAUUUAUUGCGUUUCGGUUCUGAGUCUCUCCGAGGAUGAGUGUCGCGCUUUGUUUGCAUCUGCAUCUCGGAAAGAUGUUUUGUCACGGUAUCAGGCUGCAUGUCGGCAAGCGUUGAUGAAGUGUAGAGUUAUGGAGUCGAGUGACCGUGAUUGCUUGACAGCGCUGUAUCUGUAUUUAAUCUCAAUUGCGUCCGAAACAGACCCCCGAUCUCUAUCCUCCAUGCUGGCCAUAGCCAUCCAUAUCGCACAACGCAUGGGGAUCCACGACGAAACCGCCAAUUCAAACUCCGGCUUUUUCGAAGCCGAAAUGCGUCGUCGACUGUGGUGGUCGCUUGCUAUUUUCAACAACCAAGUCUGCUCCGACAUAGGCAUAACACCAUUUGCCUGUUCUUCCUGGGACUGUCAAAUCCCUCUAAAUGUGAAUGAUUCGGAACUACGACCGAACUCGUCAUCACCAAUUACAAUGCAGGACGGACCAACCGAAGCUAUUUUCACAGUGGCGCGAAGCGCAUUGUACGAUUUUGGGCGUUCGUUUUAUCCCAAUAGGAUUACCCGGUAUAGGAUGAAGAAUACCUUGCACAUCAGCUUAUUAUCGGAAGACCCAGAUGAGGAACACGAAUCAACCAGAAAAAAGUUAGAUGACUUGUCUGUUCUGGAGAGGACUAUGGAAGAUAAAUAUCUUUCGUUUUGCGAUCCAGAGAAUCCGUUGCAUUUUCUUACCAUUUGGACGACGCGAGGCUAUAUCGCCAAACACCGACUACGAGAGUACUAUUUUUCCAUAUAUUUUAGUUCAUUGAACCAUGACGACGCAAAUAGCGGCAAAAAUGAAGAUGCGGAAGCGAAUGUUGGUGCAACCGUGGCAGCCCUGAAAAUGCUCGACUCAGAUACCAAGAUCAUAACGACACUCUCCGCUCAGAAUAAUAACAAUUAUAAAUCACAGUUCCAAUGGUUUUUUCACUUUGAAUUUCCCAUCCUCGCAUAUAUACACCUUCUUCGAGAAUUACGCAAGUCUCCUCUGGCGCAUGCGCAUGCCUGGGAAGCCUUGAAUGAGAACUACAAGGCCCGCAUGACCAUGAAUGUUAACAUGAACGAAAACGCCAAUACUGAUGAGACACUCAAUAAUGCCGGAAAACAGCAAAAGGCAAUUGUGAUUGUGUUUUCGAGGGGUGUUUUGAAGGCGUGGGAGGCGUGGGAGUCUGCCACUACAAAAACCGCCGGUGCUGGUACUGUCGACGGUGCCGAGGUCAUGCCAUUGCCGUGGAUUGUGUCCGAUGUGAGGAAUAGGUUGGCGCAAAUGAAAGCACAUCAGCCACAUCAAUACCACCACCAAGCCAGCGUCGAUAUGGUUAAUGUCGAUGGUGCCAUGCUCAUGCCGGAAGUGUUAGAGGAGGUUCUGGGCACGGACGGAAUGGCCAUUGAUAUGGACCAGUUCUGGGAUACAAUUGACUGGAAUUGGGUAUACACGCAAAAUUAG